GUCUUUUCCGUCAGUGUGCCGUCCGCCGUCGGUCGAGGAUCUCGUGUUGUUGUGAACCACGUUUCUCUCUCGUUUUCUAUCCCAUUUAAGUAUUUUCUUUCGAAAGUAUAGUGUGAAUAAUCUUGUCUCGUCAAUGUCAAAGAAGGGAUGAGAAAGAAAAAAAAUUGACUGUAAUCGGCGCCUCGAUCGACAACUUUUCCGUAUAAUCCGUACCGAUCAAUUCUUUCGCGACUUCGCACGUGUGCCGCACCAGAUACGAGUUUUCCCUUUCUUUUAUCUUUUGAUUUUUAAGAAAUUAGGAAAAAUAAAAAUACAACGAAGAAGGAACGGUGGUAACGGAAAAUAGAAAAAUGUUGAUUUAUCUUCUGGAUUUGGAUUUUAUGGAUGAUCUUAAAAACGGAAAACGAUCGGGUUGAAAUGUACGAAUAUCGAGACUCUAGAAUGGAUUAUCGGUAUUUGGAUUAGCAGAGGAGCUCGUCGAAGCUUGUCGAAGCUCAAUUCUUCCGGAGGUGGUAAUAUAAAAAGGAGGAAAAGAGUAGGAGGAAAACGAUCGAUGAGGACACAUCCAUACUGGCGUCCCUCAUACGUCCUACUCUUUCUUUGGAUACCAAAGGAGCCUCGAAUAUCGCGGCUAUUACGCGCGAGUGUUGUUCACGAGGGUCUUCAACCCCUUCCUUGACUCCCUCGUGCGUUCACCAGCACCCUAGACACUUUCUGACCUACCGUUUGCUUCGAGUGGGCCGUCCAUGAACCGAAAAUAGUCACUGAAGACCUUUUCCCGUCCCCACGACCCUUCUUCUAACCCUAUGUGCUGUGUUUGUGGAUGUACGUACGUUCGUGUGUGCCGUCGUUGUCGCUUUGCUACUCAUCACUUUUUCCCUGUCUCUCUCUUUCUCUCUUUCUCUCUUUCUCUCUCUCUUUCUCUCUGUCGUACACGAGCACUUUUAUUCGGGACAACGAUAAGCUCUGUGCAUCGACUGGGAUGACCCAAAUCGAUGAAGAUAUUUUAUAUCGUCGCAUUCUGUACUCCUCACGGUGUCGGGCCUAAAGGCGAAGAUCGUAUUGACCGGUCACCCUCUCUCUCUCCCUCCCUCCCUCUCUCUCUCUCUCUCUCUCUCUUUAUCUAUCUCUAUCUCUUCUUCUUCGUCUUAUUCCUUCAUUUACACAUAUCCACACAUAUGUAUGUAUACUGCCAGAUAUUAAUAUGGCGUAUCACUUUGGGAUAGCGUAGAAUUUGUCACAAGUAAAGAGAGAAAUUCAUAUUAAUCCAACGAUUCGUCUAAAAAUUUCGUCGAGCCAAAGUCCAUCGAAUAAUAAAACGAUAACGAUUAUCGAAGAUACGUGAAAAUUUUGUGGGUGAUGCUUCGAGUGGAUUCAAAAUGCAUCACGUUGAUUUGUUUAAAAUGCGUAAUCGAAUCGUUAAAGAGAGAGACGCUUUGAGAUCGUGCUAAUCAUCAAUCACGAUCAAGAUAUUGAAGAAAUUAUCUAUUCUGUAAAAGAAGAGAUCGCAAAAGCAGAUAGGAAGGAAGCAAGAAGAAAAAAAGAAGAAAGGAGGGAAGCUGGGAGACGAGGAAGAUUUAUGUUCUAGAUCGCUUGGAAACUGGAUAAAACGUGGUAAAGGAGAAGAGAGAGAUACGUGCGCGAGCUCUCUCGUAUACUUAAGGUCAAGGGUGUGAGAGCUUUAAUUAGUAUUUAAUUAAAGGCAAAAAACAUAUGUACGAGCGAAUGGAUAUAGAAGGAACAGAAGCCUCAUCAGCGACAGUCACAGCUGCCGCAUGGUCCCCGUUAAUACGUUGGUAAAUUAAUCGAACGAAUAGGACGAAAUCGACGAUAUACUUCAGAUAGAAAAAGUUCUUGACGUUAAUCGCAUUACCGUUUGGUGAUCUGGAAAAGUUGGCAGUUUCGAUUUGUUUGAAUUCGCUUCGAGUUUCGCUGGAAAUUCUAUCAGAAAAGUAGGGAAGAUGCUUCCGAUGCGCAAACGAAGACGGUGACGUCAUUCAAAACUCUUCGUUCUCUUUUCUCUUUCACGAAGUAAUGAUCUUAGAGAGAUCGGUUGAUCUUUGCGCGAGCAAAGGAAGUUCGGGAGGAACUGUUUGUCUUCUUUACGUGGUGCGUCAUGCAGUUGCUGUUAUCCGGGAAAGCGAGGAAUCGAGACGACGAAAGCUGACAUUUAAGUCGUUUAAGUGGAUGUCUCUUUAGUUGGAUUUACGACGUCUUCUUGUGCUUUUUCUAUCCGGGAAAGCUUAACCGCGUCUAGUUUUCGCGACGAGGAUUACGAGGAAUACAGAAAGAACAUGUGGAGUAUAGUGCUGUUCCUUGGACUAACCGAAGCUCUUUUCUACGUCGCCGGGAACUCCUUCAGCUCGGAUGAAAAAUUAGUUCCAUUGGUCAACAUCAGUGUUGUGGAAGGAAAACCAGCGGAAUUACCAUGCGAUAUUACUCCUCCGGGAGAGGACACCUUACACAUGGUUUUCUGGUUUAAAGACGAAGCUGGUGUGCCACUCUAUACAAUCGACGCCCGAGAAAAGCCGGUGACCAAAGCGCAACAUUUCUCGGAUUCAGGAGUAUUUGGUCCACGAGCUUACUUUCGAACUGCCUUUCCCAGACCCGCAGUUCUCGUGAUCGAUGAUAUAAAGAGGCACGAUGCGGCAACAUAUAGAUGUAGAGUCGAUUUUCGAAAAGGCCAGACGCGAAGUUUCCGUUACAAUCUCACCGUCAUCGUUCCACCAGAGCAACCGACCAUUUUGGAUCGUUGGGGUCGUAUUUUGAAUGGGACGGCAGGACCAUACGAAGAGGGUGAUACUCCCUAUCUCACCUGUCGCGUAACAGGCGGUAAACCCGAGCCUAUGGUUAGAUGGCUUAUUAAUGGACACAUCAAAGAUGAGGAAUACGAGAAUAAUGCGGGAGACGUCAUUGAGAAUAGGUUAACGUUGCAGCCUAUUACUCGAUCGGAACUUGGCGCUAACUUUACUUGUGAAGCACACAAUACGGAUCUAGUAGAACCUAAGUUAACUUCUAUCACGUUGGACAUCAAUCUGAAACCUUUAACCGUGGCCUUACGAAGACACGGAAAAAAGGAUAUCGGUAACGAAUCUUUACUAGCAGGAAGGCACUAUGGAAUGGAAUGCGAGACCACCGGUUCAAGACCACCGGCAGUAAUUACAUGGUACAAAGGCCGGAGAAGACAGUUGAAGCAUACGAAGGAAGAGAGGAGCGAAAAUCGUACGUUGAGCCUGGUGGAAUUCGAACCAGGUGUGGAAGAUCAUGGAAAAUCAAUAACCUGCAGGGCAGAAAAUCCAAAUGUGACGGGACUCUUUCUUGAAAAGUCAUGGAAGAUUGACGUUGUAUAUCCUCCGAUCGUUUCAUUAAAUCUCGGAUCAACCCUUAGUCCGGAGGAUAUUAAAGAAGGCGACGACGUUUAUUUCGAGUGUCACAUUAGAGCCAAUCCAUCCUGGUCAAAGUUAACAUGGAUACACGACAACCAGAUCCUGGCGCACAAUACAUCGGCAAGAAUCAUCUGGUCGAAUCAGAGCCUCGUCCUGCAGAGCGUUACAAGAAGCAGCGCUGGUCGUUACGUAUGCGCUGCGACAAAUGCCCUCAACGAAACGAGAAGCGAGCCUCUACAUUUUCGCGUUAAGUUCGCACCGGUGUGUAAGGACGACAGGAUCAUAGUGGUAGGCGCAUCAAGAGGCGAAUCGUUGGACAUUGCUUGCAGGGUCGAAGCCGAUCCACCAGCUCAUAAUUUUCGCUGGAAGUUCAAUAAUAGCGGCGAGACCCUGGAGGUCGCACCUGGAAGGUUCUCAAUGGAGAAGUCGAGUGGCGUUAGCGUAUUGAAGUAUACACCGUCUACUGAACUGGAUUACGGAACACUCUCCUGCUGGGCGGACAAUCUCGUCGGUACCCAGGCGAGGCCGUGUCUCUUCCAGUUGGUAGCUGCUGGAAAACCAUUUCCCGUUCGAAAUUGCACAUUGGCCAAUCAGACGUAUACAAGCGUGGAAGUGAAAUGCGUGCCCGGAUACGAUGGUGGUCUGACGCAGAAAUUUGUGUUGGAGGUCUAUCAUGGCGAUAUUGACUUCCUGUCGAGCAUCCAGCCUCUCUAUAACGUUUCCAACAUCGAGGAGCCAUCCUUCGCGCUUUCGGGUCUGGAAGCGUCGGUCGAGGCUGGCGUACACGUCGCGGUUUAUGCCGUAAAUGCCAAAGGUCGAAGUCAGCCUGCUAUUCUCACUGAAGUUACGUAUCGAGAUGCCGAGAAACGUACUGGACAAGACGCGGGAAUCGUUCUGUCGCCGAUAAUUGGCGUGGUUGUCGGCACUUUGGUAACCCUCGUUCUGAUCAUUCUUGUGGUGGUCAUACGGGUGAGAAGGGAACGCAUCUCAAAACCGCGACACGAGAAGCCGGCCGAACUUAGCGAACUACCAGCACAACAAUAUCCAAUGCAGAAUCUUCAACAGACCGUAGAGACCGACCCUGACGUUAUACCGAACAAGUUUGAAGGUAAUCUCGUCGAAGUCAGUCCACCGAGUUAUCCAGCUGGCUAUCCCCCGGGACAUUGGGUCACGCCCGGACCUACACCAAGUAUAGACGAGCUUUGCCACAAGUUUAGCGGUAGACCAACGGAGUUGAGGUUACCGUCGAGAAGUACAAUACCCGCGCUCCCAAAUAUGCCAAUGACGGGAGUCGGAGUGAUGGUUGGUACUGGACAAGGCAUCGUCGUUGGUGGUGGCAUCACCGGUAUCAACACGCAAGGUGUGGUAGUAGGUGGAGGUCAAGGAGUCGUCGUGGCAGGUGAAUGUCUUGACGGCGAGGCUAUCAAACGUCGACUCAUGGCCAACAGGCUUCCUGAGAGCUGCGUCUAGACGGAACGCGGAAAAGAUCGAGAAAAAAGCCAAUGAUGAAACUAGAGAGAGAGAAAGAGAGAGAGAGAGAGAGAGAGAGAGAGAGAGAGAAAGAGAGAGAGAGAGAAUAGAUAUUAUUUGUCCGUGUAUCGCUAAGAAAACCGCAAUGGAAAAGAAAAGACUCGAUCCGCCCCAAUUGUUUUCAAAAUACCUUCUCUCUAUAGCCAAAGAAAUCUCUUACGAAGGGAAAAGAAGAAAGACAUUGAAUGGAAAGAGAGUCGCAAGCUUGCUGAAACUUUCUUCAAGAGUUUCUGCGAACGUCCUCCUCCUAUCUUCGAAAGACGCUGGGAAGUUCCUUCCUUCUGUUUUCCCUCCUAGAUGUAACUUUCCUCCUCCGUUUCUCUCUGAUUCUCUUUAUCUUCUACCUCUUCUCUUUAUCUAUUUCUCAUUCUCUUUCCUUUUGCUCGAGCAACUUUGUAAAACCGAUGAUCUUCGAUAGCAACAUUUUUAAUAUCUAUCUACGAUAGUUCCAUGAUUUAUCCAUAGUAAUUAAAUUUUUCCAAAUGUCUUUAAUAACUGAAAUAAACGCCGGAAGCAAUACUUUGGCCUCAUGAAGAGGUAGGAUAGAUUGUAACAAAAAAAAAAAAAAAAAAAAAAAAAAGAAAAAAAGAAACAAAGGAAAAAAAUAUUUCCUCAUAUUAUUUCUCCAAUCGCUGAAUCAACGGUCGUCACAUUUCAUUUUUCUUUUCUCUUCUUUCUUUUUCCUUUUUUUUUUUCCCUUUUUUUAUUUUUUAUCGAUCCUUCCCAUCUUGGAAGGCGAGAGACGUAAAUGUAGCUACGUGUAAGCCUACCAAUCACGUUGUCGAGGCCUGGAAGCAUCAGACCACGAAAUGCGAGAAAAGAUAAAAGGCUCUCGAACGACCCCCUUUCUGGUGGCUCGAAUGAAGAUGGAUGAAGGAAGCGCGUAAAGAUAUACGUUGGAAAGGAGAGUGAGAGAACAAGAAAAGGAAAGAAAACGAAAUGAAUCGAGAGAUAGGGUGAAAAAGGAGGAAAGAGCUAAAAGGUAGAGGGGACGCCGAACAGAAACGAAGAAUAUCCCGAUGUUACUCCGAUGCGCGCUUUUAAGAGCAUGGAACACAAUUUUAAGGUCAAGCGAUCAAUUUCGAUAUAGAAGAAAUCUACUUUGUAAGGUUUCCAUUUAUAAACCUCAAUUCUUAUGAGCCUCCCUCGAAUAUGUCAGGGAUUCUUUCUUUUUUUUUUUUUUUAUUCCGAAAUUAACAUCCUUGAAAAAUUCUUUUCGUCGUCGUUGUAUCCCUCUCUGGUUUUUAAUUCGUGAACUCCCAUUGAUAUUUAAACAGAAAGAGAAACGAAAGAAAGAAAGAGAAAAAAAAGAAAAAGAAAAAAGGAGAACCAAAAAAAAAAAGAAAAAAACGAAAGAAAAGAAAAAAUCGUUCGAUCGAGAGUCUUCGCAUCUUUUUAAUUAUAAAUUAAAGUGCUUCUCUCUGGUAUUUCAAACGAUUGUUUUCAUUAAAGAAAAUAGAAAAUGAUAUUUAAAGCAUCAAUGAUACGAUCAGAGAAAUUAGCGAAAAUUGCGUUCGAUAAGAGAAAAAGAAAAAAAAAAAAAAAAAAAAGAAAAAAAGAAAAAGCCGUGAGAACGAUAAAUCAUACGGGGCAGUGCAUCGUUAGAAAUUUUUUUGGUAAAUUAGAUCUCUCAUAUACCCAGAAAAGCAAUGAAACAAAUGGUGUUAGAACGCUCUAUCCGACAAUAAAGUAUGUACCCGAGGGAGAUAGAAAGUUUACGAAUAAGAUUGGUGUAACGUGCUCUUCCCAAAGCAUCGAAAAUUAUUUCCAGUGCGCUUGACGGGUUAGACACGGAAAGGUCUUCGUAUUUUUAUCAAUGUAAAAAGUAAAUGUUUCUAAGUGUGAAAAUACCAUCGACUUAAAAAAAAAAAAGUGAAUAAUUCGAUAGCCAAAAGACAGAAAAUAACUUAUAUAUCAUACUAUAUCACAGAUCAAUAAUAAUUUAAAAGAAAAAAAAAAAAAAAAAAGAGAAAAAAAAGAAAAAGAAAAAAAAAAAAAAAGGAAAAAGGAAAAAAAGGAAGAAGCGUAAGUAAAUG